UACCCAUUGGAUUGAUUUCUUGACCAUAAAUGUAUUGCAGGUGUUAGUAUACCGAAUACCGGCUGUGCUUAAAAGGCUUAAAAGGAAGCAUGAGCACAAAAAUUGAGCAGGCGUCUAGCCGCGCUUCAUCUGCAACACCAUUGAGUGGCCCAAAGAUCUCUAUGUUUGCCAAUAAAACUGGAUUUGUGAUACCAAAAAACAAGUUAGCAGGUUCAUUGGUUCCGGUAUUUCGAGUAGGAAAAAAAGGAACUAGUGAUUCUGUAAAUGAAGAUAGCACUAAACAGGUGCAAAGGAAAACCAAGUGGGGCCCUGAUCUCACACAGGAUACAACUGUCAGGAAAGCAAGAGCCUUGGCAUAUCAGAGUCGUGUGGAUCAAAUAACACAACUACUGAGUUCUAGGAGUUUGGAGGGAGAAGUCAGCAAAGACUCAUUACCCGACUCUCCUGCUAAAGAUUACGAGUCUUCAGAUCAUCAUCCUACUGAUGAGAGUGUGGAAUUACUGGAACUUGAAAGACGGGAAGCCAUUGGGGAGAUCCUAAAACUGAAUCCGAGUUAUAAGCCACCUGCUGGUUAUAAGCCUGUACCAAAGGAGGCAAAAAUACCAGUACCUAUCAAAGAACAUCCUGGGUACAAUUUUAUUGGUUUGAUUUUUGGCCCCGCUCAUAAGCAACUGGAAAAGGAAACUGGAGCUCAAGUAAAGGUUUAUGGUACUAAAGCAGAUACCGGAGAGAAGGUAGAAGUUACUUCUGGUGAAAAUGACUCUGGUGCUUAUGAUGAAAUGUAUAUCCAAGUAUCAGCUGAGACAUAUGAAAAGGUUGAUGCUGCAGUUGCUUUAAUUGAACUGCUGGUUACUCGAGUUUCAGUGACUCCAGCGGCCACAACUAUGAAAACGUCAGGUGAUGGAGAAACUAUUUCUAGUGAAGCAACUCCUGGCCCAACGCCCCCUCCUGUACUAAAUCAAGGGGUGGCUCAACCAGUUGUGGGGUCACAACCUCCUCAACUGCAAGGUCAUUUCCAGCCAUACCAAGGGCAAUGGUUUCCUGGACCGACAUCUCAGAAUCCAGUACCUCCCUUUCCAGGACCCAUUAACUCCGGGAACCCGCACCAAGUAUCACCAUCAUCACCCUUUGGUCCACCACAGGGUAUGCAAGAUGGAUUCGGUUCGGUUCCCCGAAACCCUUUUGUUCACUCUAGCCCACAGGCGCCUCUAAUGCGUCAGCAGCCGUAUAUGCCUUCCGCUCAUUUUGGACAAAUUGGUGGACUUAGACCUCCAAUACCACCUCAAUCCAAUAUGACUCUGCCUCAAUUUUCUCAGGGCCAACCGAGUCCAACAGGGUUUCCGCAAGCUGUCAGACCAGUUAUGUCUUCAUUGCCUCAGCCAGACCGACCAUUGACCCCAGCUGGGAACUCUCCUGGGUGGUCACAGCCACCAUGGAACACCCAGACAGGUCAAGGUCCAAGCAACAUGGGUCCCACCAUAGUUUCUCCUCAAGGAAGUCAUCAUCUUGGUUCACGACCAAUGAAUGUCUCUGCAGCUCCGCAUGUAGAUGUUUUCCGUGGGCCAUCUGGACCCGCUCCAUCAGCGCAUAUGCCUCCUCCAUUGCGUCCAUCUUCGGGAUCUACCCCAGCACAUUUCUUGAACCACUCUGUGUCUAGUGGACAACCAGUCAAUCCGAGUCUCACACCUAAUCCAAUUCCUGGAAGUUCUCUUAAUAUUAAUUCCACGAGACCUACUUCCUUUGGAACUCCAAAACCACUGCAGCCCAGUAGCGAUUUUACAUUCCAGCCUCGCCAUCCACAGAAUCCAGUCUCUCCAGCCACGGCUUCCAGGCUAAUUGGUCAAUUUGGAUCUCAGGAACUUUCACCUUCAAACCAAAUGAUGCGACCUCAUCUACGACCAGCAAUAGACAAUCCAAAUCGCCCACCUGUCAUUCAAGGAUUCCAAAGACCCCAGUCAGGACCACCUAUGUCGCUUGACUUGGCUCGAGGACCUGCGGGCCCUCUCCCUCAAUUUAGGCACCCGACAUUUUCGAAUCAGGGUCUAGCUUCGCCUGCUGGCCCUCAAAUGCAACCAAUGAACUUUAGGCCAGCUCCAAAUCAUGUAGGUUCUUUCCCUCCUAGAGGAAACUCCAUGCCUCUUCAGCAAAAUAAUCCAAAUCCCAUGCUGCGACCACAGAACUUUGAGGCUCCCAAUAAUGUCUUCUUUCGGCAUGGUAGGCCUGCCUCUAGCUCUGCUGGAGCAAAUCAAAUAUAUGACCCUUUUUCACCCACUUCUGUCCCUCGACUUCCUCGUCCUAGUGGCAAUCCAGCUAUGGCAGGAAAACAAGAGAGUGAUCCUGAAUACGAAGACUUGAUGGCAUCUGUUGGAGUUAAAUGAUUCAAGCUGUAGAUUGCUGUUUGAUCUUCGAAUUGAUCGUUAACCUCCCCCCACCCCCAGCGUGAAAGCAAAAUUUAUACUGUCCAUGUAUCGGUGAUAAUGCUUAAUAUGCAUUUUUUCUUACUGGGGUCCAUAGAGACGGUAACUAACCCCUUCAAUUCUCCUUUCUUGUAUUGCAGAAAAUGCUUUUUGAUAGAUAUAUUUUAUAGGAAAAGCAAUGUGUUUUAGGAAACAGCUCUUAUGGAUGGUGCAUAUCCUUAUUUGCUUGGUGCCUACUUGUUGAAGGAAUUUUGGGUUGGUGGAUGUAGUAGUAUUAUUUUGAACUAA